AUGGAAAAAUCUCCUCAAUCAUUAGAUACUUUAGAUCUAGAAAUACUUGAAGCUCCUUCCUUAACGCCACGAUCAACCGAAGCUUGUAAAAGACUUGGAAUAGAAAACUAUGAAUUAAUCUACCGGCCUCUCCAAUCAUUUAUGACGAAAGGGAUGACUGAAGAAGUUGCAAAAAUUCGCUAUGACUUUGUUGAACAAAAGCGCCUAGAAAAAUUAAAAUGACUCAAAGAAGAAAGAGACAAAAUUUCUGAUAGUGAUUUAGUUGUAAAUAAAUCCCAAUAUUCACGUAACGACACAUUUGAUGCAUCACUAGCAAAUUCAAAUGUAAUCGAAAGAGAAAAACGAGAAAUUGAAAAACUUGAAAGGAGGCAAAAACAAGAGCUUCAGCAGAUGAUUGAUUAUGAGCUCAGAAUGGACGCUCUCAGACAGAAAAAUGAAGAAAAAGCAGAAAAGGCAAGACAAAAAGAGGAAUCAAGACAGCAAGAAAUUAAAAAGAAAAGGAGAGAGCAAGAUGAAAAAAGAAAAAGAGAUGAAGACAAGAAAAAAAUGAGCUUACAAGAAGAGGAAGAAAAUAGAAAAAAGAGGGCUCAAGAAGAAUAUGAAAGAACACAAAAAAAGCUUAAAGAAGACAAAUUGAAAGAAAAAUUGAGAAAAGAAGAAGAAACAAAUAGAAAGCAAGAAGAGUACAAAAAACGAACUCAACAAAUGAUGGAGUAUAAAGCAAAAUGAGCUGAAGAAAAGAAGAAAGAGCUUGACGAAAGAGAAAGCAAAAGAAAAGAAAUGAUGGCAAAAAUUAUACAGCAAAAAGUUUCUGAAAAUUCAAAAAUUCGUGCUGAAAAAGAGGCAAAGUUAGAAUCUGCUAACUCCCCCCCCUCCGUGAGAGAACAAAAAAAUUUUGUUCACUCACGGAGGGGGUUAAUUUUUUUUUAAAUAUAAAAAAUAUUUUUUUUCGAAAUUUAAAAAAAAAUCCAAUUCGCAAAAAUUGGAAAGCAAAUAUUAAUUUAAUUUAUAAAAUUUAUGUUUUAAAAAGCAAUUCGUUUAAAAUUAAACAGAAUUAGCUCUAUAUUUCAUUAUACUAAUUAUCAUUUAUAUAUCAAUUUUUUUUUCCAUAAAAAAUUUUUGUUCACUCACGGAGGGUGGGUUUUGGGCAAAAAAUAGCGAUUUUUCUAAUGGUUUUGUUCACUCACGGAAGGGGGGGAGUAAGAGUAACCUUCAAGAAAUUUUAGAAAAGCGAAGAAAUGAUUUUGAAAAGAGGCAAAAAGAAAACGAAGAAAAACGUAAGAAAAUCGAAGAAGAAAGAGAAAGGGAGAGGCUUAAAGCACUUAGAAAGGCUGAACUAAAAGCUUUAGAACUAAAAAAUGUCCAAGAAAUGAACAUCAUGAUGGAAGAAAAAAGAAAAAAUGAUCUAAUCAAAGCUAAUGAAGAGGCCCAAAGAAGGUUUGAAGAGCAGCUGAAAAAGAAAGAAUAUGAACUUCAAAAGCGAAAAGAAGAAGAAAAACUAAGAGAGCUUCAAAUCCUUGAAGUCCGUCAAAGGAUGGAGAAAAAUGAGCAAGAAAGAGUAAAAAAGAUUCUAGAUAAAAGAACUGAGGAAGAAGAAAAAGUUCAAAAAUUAAAAGAGCAAAAGGAGCAUGAGAUGCUAAUUAAAAGUGAAAUAGAAGGUAUGAAAAGAACUGAUAGAAUUGAAAACGUGAAAAGGAUAGCGAAACAGCAAAAUUACCAUAGAGAAAAAGUACUAGAAAAAAUUAAUGAAGAUAGUCACAGAGUCGAGCUUUUAAAAAAAGCGAGAGAGGAAUUAAUGGAGGAAAGAAGAAAAAGAAAAGAAAAGGCAGAAGCAGAAAAACAAAGAAUAGUUAAAAUGUUUGAAGAAGCUAAAAAGAAAAAAGGGGACCUUAAAGAAUACACUAGCAAACUUGGACUAAUGAGUAAUGAGUCAAGCAUUAUAUCUGAGCAAUCUGUAAUAAAAACUCCAGAAAUCCCAAAAAUGAAGCCAAAACCCUUUACUAAUCUUCAGCCUAAAGCUCAAACACAAAAUAAGCGAGAUGUUUCCCCAAAUAAGCAGGAAAAUCCUCCACAGCCGCAGUCAAAUAAAAAUUCAGAAACUUUUAUUACAAAUAAAUCUAGUCCAGGUUAUAAUUCUUAUGUAAAACCUCUCCCAAAAAUUCAAGGACAAUCAGAAAAAAUGACCGAGUUUGCAAUUAAAAAAUAUGAUCAAUUAAAACAAAAACAUUUAAAAGAAAUGCAAGAUUUAUUAGACAAAGAAGAAAUACAAGAAAAUGAGAGGGAAAAGCAAAUUCAAAAUGUUGACGAUGAUGAAAGAUUGAAGUUGGAAAGGAUUUUUGGAAUUGAAAGAGCCAAAGCUAGUGAAAGAAUUAUGCAGCUUUCGAUGAAGCAAAAGAAAGCUGAGAAAAAACUUAGGAAGCAGCUUGGGAUUGAAAUAAAAUAA